AUGUCCAAUGCCCAAGACAAAAAUCAGCCUGAAGCCCUUGAUGUUGAAGAAAAGGGACACUCUGAUCACCUCGAGAAGCAUGACACCCACAUCUUCUCGGCGAUCGAUGAGACCGGUGCACACAAGAAGAUCGAUCCAGCUGAGAUCAAGCUUGUGAAGAAGCUGGAUUGGAUCAUUCUUCCGAUUCUGUGGAUCAUGUACUGGUUCAACUAUCUCGAUCGCAAUGCUAUCACUGUUGCGCGUCUCGAUGGACUCGAGAAAGAGCUCAACCUGACCUCUACUGAGUAUCAGACAUGUGUCUCGAUCCUCUUUGUGGGAUACAUCCUGGGUCAAAUUCCAUCCAACAUGCUCAUGACCCGAAUCCGACCUUCCCUCUACAUGUCGGGCGCCAUGGCUCUCUGGGCCGUCGUCAGCACUCUCACAGCCAUCUGCCACGACUUCAAAGGCCUCGUCCUCACGCGAUUCUUCCUGGGUGUAACCGAAGCCCCUUUCUACCCCGGUGCGCUUUACGUCCUCUCGAUCUUCUACACUAAAAAAGAGAUAGCAACUCGUAUCUCUAUCCUGUUCACAGCCAACAUCUGUGGAACUGCAUUUGCAGGACUAAUCGCGAUUGGCGUGUUUGAGAUGAGCGGUGUUGCGGGUCUGGCUGGAUGGAGAUGGCUUUUUAUCCUCCAGGGAAUCAUCACCUUUGUCAUCUCCCUCGCUUCAGCAUUUGUUCUGCCUGAUGAACCCAGCAAUACCCGCUGGCUCACGGAAGAGGAGAGGAUUUUAGCCCAUGAACGAAUUGCGGCCGAUACUGUACAAAUCCGAACCAACACGACGACUUUUGCUGGACUUAUCGACGCCUGCAAGGAUCCUCGUCUCUGGGUCCUCGUCUUCAUGCAGCACUUUCACAUGGCUGCCAGCAACUUCAAGAACUUCUUCCCCACUAUCGUAGGAACACUUGGUUUCGGCCGCAACACUACGCUUGCUCUUACCUGUCCUCCUUAUAUCGUGUCAGGUAUCGUCUGUAUCGCAUGGGCCGCAAACUCUGGCCGGAUGAACGAAAGAACCUGGCAUAUCACCCUGGCUAAGCUCAUGGCUGUUUUUGGCUUCAUCUUGGCCUGUACGGUCCACAAUACUGGUGCCCGUUACUUCGCAAUGUGUGUCUUUGCCAGCGGAGUCUACGCCUGUAACAGUGUCAUCCUCGGCUGGGUCGCUAGCACAUGCGGCCAGACCCGAGAGAAGAAAGCCAUAUCUCUAGCUUUGGCCAACACGGUUGCCACGCUUGGGCCUAUCUAUACUCCGUAUCUCUGGCCGAGUUCAGAUGAGCCGAUGUAUCCUGUUGCUAUGUCCAGCAGUGCUGCCUUUUCUGCCGCAUCGGCUGUCUUGGCUUGGGUCCUCAGAUGGAUGCUCAUCCGCGAGAAUCGCAAGAUCCGGGCUUCAAACAAUGAAGAGAGGCUCUUCUACGCGUACUAG